AUGAGCAGCAGCAAGUUCAACACUGUCUACGAAAGCCUUCCGCCACCGAUCCCGGCAGCCAUCGAGAUCAUCAGACACAUCCUCGUCUCGCCCUCCUCGCUCUUCGAAGCACCGCUCUCGAGACCAGUGCUCGAGCGGCUUCAAUGGAUCAAACCUUCCCUCGAAGACGAGCGGGAAUCCCACCUCUACUUCAACAACAUGGUCGAUCAUGGCGCCUCGGGGAGGGCCCACGAGCUUCGGAUGGAGCUCAUCCAUGCGGGCCCUUCGGCCUGGCACUUCUGUGCCCCGUCCGAGGUCCACUACAAGGCCGACGAACGCUGUCUCGAUUCGGACGGGUUAUGCGAGAUCUUCAGUCGGGUGACGGUGUGGAAGGCCAGGGACAGCGAUGCGGAAGCGGUCCAGGCGAGGGAGAAGUUGGCGCUGAUCCUGAAGCUUGAAUGCGAUCCACCAGAGCCAGCCGAUCCGACGAAGAAGGGCUCGUGGGAUCACCUCAGUUGGAAGUACUUCGACUUGCAGGACCUUGUCACUCCCGGCCUCGACACUCGACCCUGGUUCGACUCGCCACGCCAAGCGGCCCUCCGUCCGCCCAUCCACCAGAACUCUGGUGGCCCAAAGGAUAGAGAACAAUCGGGAGACGAGGAUGCAGAUUACUGGGCGGGGUUCUCGUCCCGCUCGGACGACUCGUCGAUGACCUCUGGCUCGGAUGGACGCGGGCAGGCUCGGAUCCCCACAGACCCGGCCCUGGCCGCCCGGAUCCGGAACACGCCGCUGUACCGAUCCAAGGCGCCGUCGGUCUGCUCGCCCGCCGCUUCCGACGACCACGUACAACCGCAGGGCACCCCCUCGUUGGGCGGCCCAUCCGGACCCAUAGACCUCCGCGCCAGGAUCGCCAGGACCCCGCUCUUCAAACGCGCCCCCUCCGUCGAAGACUGUGGCCCGCUCAAUUCCGCCCUCCCUGGGAACCCCUCCACUGCCCCCGAUCUCCUUCGCCUGCUCGACGCUGCUCGCAUCGUCAACCUCCCUUCCGAUCCUCCUGUCCGGCCCGCGCCUCCACCCACCCUUCCUCUUCAUCCGCCCCUCAAAUCCUCCCUAGCCCCUCUUCCUCAACCUUCUGGAGCUUCUUCUACAUCACAGAAUGCCCUCCAGGACAAGAUCCUCGACUCCUUGAGAGCCACCUUCCAUCUCUACCGUCUCUGUCUCCACAACCCUGCUUCCCCUUCUUCUUCUUCUUCUUCGGCUCUUUCUGCUGGCGAAUCGUUCGUCGCUUUGGCCCAUCGCGUCGUCAUGCAGGACGCUGCUGGCCUUAAUCAACCCUAG